AUGGACAUAAGAAACUUUUUAGUGAAAAGGCCACGCUUAUCAUCAAACUCAUCGAACGUUGCCGCCGCGCAAGAAAAUACUUCCGGAAUCGAAGACGUGGAACCAAAGGAAAAGAAAGGAAAUAAUAGUUCUGAAAGGAAAAAUGCAGAAGAAUCUGACGAGUCUACGGUUACGGUAUUGUGUCAGUGUACGGAAUUCGACGAACCAACAGCCUCGCAAAAGUCGGAAACGUCUAAAGAAUUUUUAAUUGUCGAGUAUGAUAUUUGGUCAGCCGUAGCUAAACGCCGUACUUUAAAACGGAGCGAAAUUUACAACUAUCUCAUGCACACUAAAACUCCGGCAGCAUCGUUCAAAUUUCCUUUGUAUCUAGAGGGCCAUCAAAGCAGAAGAUUCCAAUAUCAUUGGCUUCAGCGUUUCAAAUGGCUAGCCUACAGCGAGGAGAAAAAUGGAACCUUCUGCAAAUAUUGCGUGUUAUUUGCACCCAACUGUGGUGGUUUCAGCGAAGGUCAGGAUCUGAAAACUUUCGUCAGCAUGCCUUUAACAAAAUAUAAAAAGGCAAUUGAAGAAAUGGAACGACACGGUAAUCUUUCCUACCAUUGUUUCUCUAAAGAAAAAGCGCUCGAGUUUAUGAAAAACAUGGACAACCAAAGUUCGAACGCAGUCGACAUCCUCCUCGAUAAGGAGAAACUGAAGAUUAUUUAAAACAAUCGAAACCGUUUAGGCUCGAUCGUUGAAACCGUGCUUUUUUGUUCACGCAGUAAUUUGCCACUGCGGGGACACAGAGAUUCUGGUGACAUGCGCACAGACGAAAAAAUAGAAGAUGCCUCUUCUGGCAAAGAAGGUAUUUUACGGUCACUUUUGGCAUUUCUAAUAAAUUCUGGUGACAAAAAUUUAAAAUUUCAUUUGGAAACGGUACCGCGAAACUGUACUCUGAUCAGCAAAACCGUGCAGAAUGAGAUCAUUGAUAUAAUCGGCCAGAUAAUUCGCUGCAAGAUUGUCGAAAAAGUUAAAAGAUCGAAAUUUUUUUACGUUAUUUGUGACGAAACAACGGACGCAAGUAAAAUGAUUCAAAUGACCCUAUGCGUGCGUUACGUAGAUCUAGAGGAAUAUAUCGUGCGCGAGGAUUUUCUCGGUUUCAUACAAUUGAAAUCCACUGUUGGGAAAGAUGUCAUAACAGCUAUCUUAGAUGAAUUAAAAGUUUUGGGUUUGGACAUCAUCAACCUGCGUGGACAAGAGUAUGAUGGAGGAUCUAACUUCUCUGGAAAAUACAAUGAAGUUCAAGCACUCAUUUCUGAAGAUCAACCCUUAACGUUUUAUACGCACUGCUUCAGUCAUUCGUUGAAUUUAUGCGUUUCAAACUCUUGUGAAGUUCCUGAGAUUCGAAAUAUGCUAGGAAUAGUUUCAUCGUUAAUCAACUUUUUCACGGUUUCAGCCAAAAGAACACAACUGCUUGAAGAUGAAAUUAAAGCAAAGUUACCAGGAUCGAAAAAAAUUCAUUUAAAAACUCUUUGCUUCACUCGUUGGGUUGAUAAACAUGAAAGUACGAGCACAGUUU